UUGUGGGCCGCAGCCCCUGAGCAUUCUUCACAUGAUGUUGCUUAGCAUGGAAACUUGCAGAUUCCGAGAUAGCAUCAAUGCUCAAAUCAUUGAGCAAUGAGGACACUUCACGCUGCACAGCGGGCCAAGCCUUGCCUCUCCUUGAUCAUAUCCAAAAGACCUCUGCUGCCGCGUUCACAGAUUUGCAUCUCCUCUCACGUCGCCUGAACAAUGGAUCGUAGCUUGAGGCCCCUGAAUGCCCUGGCCAAUUUUGAGCCCUCCCAUUUCGACUUCCGCCCAGAAAAGUACGGCGCGACAAUGGCAAGAGCACAUCAUCCACCAUCGCCAGCCAGCCUCAGCACUUGCAAUCAAAGGACUGCGCUGCACCAUACACCGAUGCUCCUGUUGCGGAGACGAUACGUCACACAAUGGGACUUUGGCCACGCACACCAUUGCGCGACGCCACAUGGAGCGCCAUAUCCGGACAGGAACGAUACCUCAGGGACACAUAUAAGAUCAUGGUUGAUAUGCAAGGGUCUCGUGGCGUUACCGAAGCAUGGAGGAACUACGAAUUAUUAUUCGCAAACUGUAAAAGUUUUGUCCUGUACUUGGAUGAGCUCAUGGGCAAUGUAUUGCCUUGACCAUCUGCCAGCACCACGCGAAGGUAGUGAAAGAAGCGUGCCAAAAGAAGCGCAAAGCGAAAGUCUACAAAGAGGCUACUACUGCUGAUGCUUCAAGAGAUGAUGACCUCAGCAACGCACACGACGAUGCCCGUAGAGCGUCGUUUGCUCGCGUUGAUGACGGGGACUCCCACUGCAAGACAGCCGCUUUCAUCUUCUCUGAAAAUGAUGGUCACGACGAGGCUGCAUCGAGAGUUGUGGGUUCCUCCUUUCGGCCUCAUGUAGUGACAGACGAAUGCAAUUGCAGCCAAUCUCGUCCCAGCACAGUCGUCAAGCAGACAAGAAGUUUGGUUUCUCCA